GCCGGUAGAGUGAACGUGAACUGCCAGAAGAAGAGAAGAAAAAGCAGAAGUGGCCUUAACGUCGAAACCAGUGCAGAUUUGCUUUUUAUGACGCAGAGUUGCAGCCGAGAAAAAUAAUUCAUCGUGCCUACGAGCUGUGAAAGCCGAUCGACUCUCGUUAUCUCACCUCCGUAGCAGUUGGUGACCGACGAUGGCUGUGAACGUGUACUCGACCUCAGUAACCAGCGACAACCUAAGUCGUCACGACAUGCUGGUCUGGAUCAAUGAAUCUCUACAGAUGAAUCUCACCAAGAUUGAAAUGUUGUGUUCAGGUUCUGUGUACUGCCAGUUCAUGGACAUGCUGUUCCCCAACUCUGUGCCUCUGAAGAAAGUCAAAUUCGGUGCCAAGCUGGAGCACGAGUACAUCCACAACUUCAAGCUUCUGCAGGUUGCCUUCAAAAAGAUGGGAGUUGACAAAAUCAUUCCAGUGGACAAACUGGUGAAGGGGAAGUUCCAGGACAACUUUGAGUUUGUCCAGUGGUUUAAGAAGUUCUUUGAUGCCAACUACGACGGGAAGGAGUACGAUCCAGUGGAGGCAAGGCAGGGCCAGGACGCCGUGCCCGCUGCCAACCCCGCCUCAUCAGCUCUCAACAAACCCCCUAAAAAGUCCCCCAUCAGUCAAGCUCCUCAGAGGCCACCCGUUGCCAAGGUAGCACCCAAGCUGGCUCCCGUCAGCGCGAGGAAGACGGGGAUGGGAGGAGCCGAUGAGGAGAGGGCGGAGCUUCUGAAUGAGCUGGAGAUCCUGAAAUCCACCAUUCAGGACAUGGAGAAGGAGAGAGACUUUUAUUUUGGUAAGCUGCGGAACAUUGAGCUGAUUUGCCAGGAGAAGGAGGGCGAGGGCGACCCCACGCUGCAGAGGAUCAUAGACAUCCUCUACGCCACAGACGAGGGUUUUGUGAUACCGGAUGCUGAGGAGCAGGAGGAGUUUUAAUAAUCAAGACUGCAAGCAACUUUUCACUUAGAUGCCCUGGUCUACAAACAAGAUCCUUCCUCAAGCCAAGACCGUUUGGGUUUAUAUCCAACGCCAAACUUGAUUUUGACUUGUGGCCCCUCCCCCCCCCCCCCCCCCCCCCACCUUUCCUGAACCUGAGUCCCAGCCUGCCGGAUUUCUUCCUCUGGCCUUCAGCCACCAUUCAGCUCCGCUCCUUCUUUCCUGAACCGUCAUUUACCAAUAAUCAGCAAAGCCUCGGUCACUGCCUCUCCUUUCUACACAGCUGUCAGUCUGCAAGAAUCCUAGUCCCCACCCUCACCUGGAAUCCCAACCUUCCCAAAACCAGAUCGCGCAGUACAUAUCUGGUUUUUGUAACGGACUUCGGUGUGAAAAACACGGUGAUGUUCUGUGUGUGUGUGUGUAUAUGUAAGUGUGUGUGUGUGUGGUUGUAUGUGUUUAAAAAUCAAUUUGAAACGAAUCAAACGUGAUGAACCUCCUCUGAAGACCCAGCUGUCGCCUCCCUGACUGACCCUGUGUGACUGUUUGUGUGUCUCCUGCUCAGGAAGGACACACAUUCCCAACGAGAACCAAAUCCGAGGAGUAGUUUCAUUUCAAGUCCAGGCAGCAGAAACUCUGCUGGCGUCUUUUCCCAGAUAUGUUUUUCAGUAAAAUGAAAUGAGAAACCGUGAGCUUCACACACUGACGCUGACGGGCUCAGGGUUCAGUCUGGGAUCAGGCAACCGUCGGGUCUUCCCUGCCUUUUUUCCACCUGUGACUAAUUGUCGUCACCAGGGAAACAUCUUGAUUUUGUCCUGUUGAGCUUCAGAAGAGCUUUUGUAAAUUAAUGCUACUGUCACAUCACAGUUUUCCACCCACACCUUUUUUUUUCUUUUCCCUGUUGUAAGAUUCAAACCUAUUUUUCGUCACCUGUCAGUCACGCUCUCACCUUUUUAUAUAUUUGUUCUCUAUUUAGUUUGCGGUUUUCUCACGCUCACAGUGAUGACUCUGUUGGAAAGGUUUUUCUUUCUUUUUUUUUUUGUUGCUUGGCCACGACAUCAGACAAACGGGGUUUUCGGGUAUUGAAAAGCAGUUGCAGUUUUCUUGUAGCAGAUCAGCUGACUUUCUGCCACCGACAUGCUCCCAUUCAGCCUUGGUGUUCACAUUUCACGCUUCGUAAAUGUGCAAUUCUUAAUACCAGGAAAGUGGCUUACUCUUCCGGUCCGUGUGAGAUGAAGUGAUGAAACUUUCGCUGACGGCAGCCUUUUGAUCAACUCGCCAAUGUUUAGUAAAAAGUGCAAAAAAACAAGUUAGAGACUUCGUGAUCAACAGUGAUUGUUUUGUAUGUUUGUCUUAUGGAAAGUCUGCUGUAAAGCAGAUGCACUGUUUUAUACCAGUGGCCUUUAAUCAGCCCCAGCCAAUAAAAAUGAUUCCUGAGGGGGAGGAUGGGAAAUCCAGACCAGCCACACGACAAACACUGUGAGCUCCGACUGCGGCCGAUCGGUGCGUUCCCGCCGCGUAGCCGGCCGCAGUCGCGCUGAUCAUCUGAAUCUGCCGGGGCGAGCUGUGGGAGAGGCCGUGUGCUUCCCCCCGCCGCCUCAGCAGGUAGACUGAUGGAACUUUGUUUUUCCUGCCCUCGUUACUAAUGUUGGAAUUUGUUUAAAAAAUGUUGGAUCAGUAUGAAACUAAAAUCUUGGCUCUCUGACGCGUCUUCCUCUCGGGGAAUGAUGUGUUUUGGUUUUUUUCUUCCACCCUGAUUGACCAAUUUUAAUACUGAUGUAAAUCGUGGAUCUGAUUUGAGACCAGUUUUUCCACUGUUCUAUGUAAAAUGUCAUUUCUGAAAUAUUUGUACCUAAUUUGAAACAACACACUCGUGUUUCGCACAAACCCUGUUAACCUAACUUUAUCAAUGGCCUUAUUCAUAAAAGUACUUUUUUUCCGUUAGCAAACAUUUUUCAUAACUUUUUUUUUAUUUCACUUUAAUGUAAGUCUCUGCUGUUUUGGGUAAAUGUUUGUACUGUUACACUCAUAUUUUUAAUGUGUUCUGAAAAUAAACAGCGUUGGAGGUA